AUGUGGUACAACGUCUCCGAGCCAAACGAGUACCUGGUCAUCACUGGUGCUGGCAUCGAAGAUGUCCUCAUCAAGAAAACCGCAUUUCUCAUGCCAUGGCAGAAGUGUACUCGCAUUUCCAUCUCGCCAUUCGACUUUUCUCUCAGCCUGCAGGCCAUGACCGUCGAGAAGCUGCAGUUUGCCCUCCCUGCAGUCUUCACCAUCGGUCCAGACAACAACCUUGCAUCGCUGAAGAAAUACGCCCUCCUUCUUUCUGGGAAGAACGAGCGUUCGAAGAGCAACGCCAAUCAUGCCUCCGGAAAUUAUGUGCAGGACAUUGUCAAGGGUAUCAUCGAAGGUGAAACCCGUGUCAUUGUCUCUGGCAUGACGAUGGAGGAGAUCUUCAAGGAGCGCCAGCUCUUCAAGCAACAUGUCAUCGACAACGUUCAGAAGGAACUGAGCCAGUUCGGCCUCAGAAUCUACAACGCCAACGUGAAGGAGCUCCAGGAUGCCCCUGGAAGCGAAUACUUCACGUACCUCAGCCGCAAGGCUCAUGAGGGAGCCCUCAACCAGUCCAAGGUCGAAGUCGCCGAAGCCCGCAUGAAGGGUGAGAUCGGAGAAGCCGAGAAGCGAGGAACGACCAAACAAGAGAUCUCGAGAAUCGAUGCCGAAACGGCCGUUCUCGAGACCAAGCGCCGAAGCGACAAAGCCCAGGCCGAUGCCCAGCUCACCAACCGUCAGACCGAGCUUAACAUGGGCAUCGAGCUGGCUAGAAUCCAAGCCAAACGCCAGGCGGAAGCCAAGGAUUCCGAAUUGCAGAAGCAUGUUGAGACCAUGCGUGCCCAGACUGAGCUCGAGAGACUUCGAGCUAUCGACGUUACCAAGAGCAAGGCCGCCAGAGAAGCUGCCGAGCAGACGGCUGAAGCAACUUACUUCAGCCGCACGAAGGAAGCUGAUGCCAGCUUGUACCGUAGCAAGAUGGAGGCUGAUGCUACAUUCUACCGCCAGACCAAGGAGGCAGAAGCCGCCUUCUACGCCAAACAGAAAGAAGCCGAAGCCAUGGCUGAAAUGGCAAAGGGAUACGGCGCCAUGGCCGACGUCCUCGGAGGACCCCAGGGACUCCUCCAAUAUAUGAUGAUUCAAAACAACACUUACGAGAAACUCGCCAAAGCAAACGGUCAAGCUAUCCACGGUCUCCAGCCCAAGAUCUCCGUCUGGAAUACAGGAAGCGCCGAAGGCGGAUCUGGUGCAGCUGAUCCCACUGCAUCCGUCCGCAAUCUCAUGCAAUGUCUUCCACCACUCUUUUCUACCAUCCACGACCAAACCGGCAUUGCGCCACCAACCUGGAUGGCUCAGAUGCCACCACCGGAGAAGCAGCAGCAGCUCCAGCAGGAGUACAUCCAGAAGGCUGCGGGUGCUAAGAUGAACGGACCCGGAAAGUAA